AUGACUUUCGUCGGUCUUGUGAAAAUAGAAGCUUUAGAUCUUUACGGACUUGGUUUGCAGAGUUUAAAAUCUAACCAAUUCUAUGGUCUGGAUUCUCUUGAACGUUUGAACAUCUCCCACAACAGUCUUAUUUCUAUUCAGGACCAAGCCCUUUCUGAUUUGACUCGAUGUCAGAUUUUAGACAUGCGCGGGAACAACAUCCAGAGUUUUGGAGGAAACGUUUUUAACGGUUUAUCAAACCUGUCCUAUCUAUAUUCGGACCGUUAUACGUUCUGUUGUAUCCGACCAGCGUCCGUACCGGAUUCGCAAUGUCUACCGGAUCCUGACGAAUUUUCAUCGUGUUCAGAUCUGAUGAAGAACGGUACUCUAAGAAUAUCUAUGUGGAUUUUAGGGAUUGUGGCGCUGAUGGGGAACCUGUUGGUAUUGCUUUAUCGGAUUUUAGUGGAUGACAAGGACUUGGCGAAGAGUAACGGCGUGCUAGUGGCUAAUCUAGGAUUCGCGGAUUUCAUUAUGGGGAUAUAUAUGUUGAUGAUUGCCACAGCUGAUGUGAUCUAUCGUGGACGAUACAGUUGGAAUGACGAAUCCUGGAGAAACAGCAUGUCCUGUCAAAUUGCAGGAUUUCUGGCGACAUUCUCUACCGAGGCUUCAGUCAUGUUUCUCUGUCUGAUCACAAUAGAUCGAGUCAUUGCUAUCAAAUUCCCCUUCAGUGUGUUCAGAUUGAAACGGAAAUCAGCCUGGCUAGCAUCCGAAGCAGUUUGGAUCCUCAGCAUUGUCAUGGCCGCCGUUCCUUUAUUUCCGUUAGACUACUUCUCUGGUAAAUUCUACUCUAGAACAGGCGUGUGUCUGGGGCUUCCACUUACUAAAAACCGAGCACCAGGUUGGGAAUACGGAAUGGCUGUAUUUAUUCUGUGGAAUUGUGUUUGUUUUAUCGUCGUGGCUGUUGGACAAGGUGUCAUCUACCAUACCGUUAAGAGAAGUGGCCAGAAAGUUCGUCGUGAACAGAAAGUUGAUAUGUCGGUGGCUAGAAAGUUGUCGUUUAUCGUUAUGUCAGAUUUUCUCUGUUGGUUUCCAAUCUGUGUUAUGGGUCUGAUGACUUUACGAGGUCAUAUUAUACCGGGUGAUGUGUACGCCUGGGUAGCAGUUUUUAUUCUACCAGUGAAUUCAGCUUUAAACCCAAUUAUAUAUUCUACUUCAUCUAUACGACCCUCUCUAUUUGUAAAAAAGGUAAGACAAAGGUGUACCGUACUAUAA